AUGAUCAGCACAAAGGAUCAUGGGAGUAGCUCUGAGAAGCUAUCUUCUUCUAUGAAUAAAUCUACUGAAGUGGAGGUGGAUGAGAAAUCAGUGAAUCAAGACACUACAGUUCAUGAAACAGGAGUUAAGAGAGCUCUUUCCUCGCGUGUUGUUUCCAUGGUGGCCAUUGGUGGUACUAUUGGAAGUGGUCUUUUCAUUGGUACGUCUGAACCUCUUAGAAUUGCAGGUCCUGUCAACGCUUUAAUUUCAUACAUAUUCUUUGGUGUUUUGGCUUAUUUUGUCACCCAAGAAUUGGGUGAAAUGGCAACACACACUCCAAUUGCAGGUUCUUUCUGUACAUUCAAUACUAAGUAUCUAUCAAGGUCCCUUGGUUUUGCAACCAACUGGUGUUAUUGGUUUUCUUGGGCCGUUACUUUCUCUAUCGAACUUUUUGCUGUUGCCCAGGUUAUAGAAUAUUGGACUGACGCGGUUCCUAAUUGGGGUUGGAUGCUUAUAUUUUAUGUCAUUCUCACCGGCGCUAACUUUUUCCCUGUUCGGUACUAUGGUGAGAUUGAGUUCUGGAUUGCAUUGGUCAAAGUUUUAGCUAUCAUAGGAUUCAUAAUAUACUGCUUUUGCAUGGUUUGUGGUGCUGGUGCACAAGGUGCAGUUGGAUUCCGUUACUGGAGAAAUCCUGGUCCAUGGGGCCCAGGUGCCGGAUACGUGAAGGACAUUGGUACGGACAGAUUUUUGGGAUGGCUUUCCUCAUUCAUUAACGCUGCAUUCACUUAUCAAGGUGUGGAGUUAACUGGUAUCUCAGCUGGUGAGUCAGCCAAUCCAAGAAAAACUGUUCCUAAGGCUAUCAACAAGGUUAUUAUCCGUAUUUUGCUUUUCUACAUUUUAACUUUGUUUUUCAUUGGAAUGCUCGUUCCAUACAAUGACCCUAACCUUACCAAUGACACCACCUUCAUAUCUUCUUCUCCAUUUUUGAUUGCAAUUCAGAGAAGUAAGACUCCCGUGUUACCAGAUAUAUUCAAUGCUGUUAUGCUUUGCACGAUUAUUUCAGCAGGUAACUCGAACGUUUAUAUUGGUUCUCGUAUUUUGUACUCUAUGGGUGGAUUAACUGCUCCAAAGUGUUACAAAUGGACUACCAAGACUGGAAUUCCAUGGGUUGGUGUGCUUACUACUUCCGUUUUUGGAUGCUUGGCGUUCUUGAAUGUUUCCACUGGAGGUCAAACUGUGUUUGGAUGGUUGGUGAACAUUACUGCUGUUGCUGGUUUAAUAUGUUGGAUAUUUAUCUGUGGAGCACAUCUUCGUUUCAUGUCGGUGCUAAAGUCUAGAAAUAUUUCUAGGGAUACGCUUCCUUUUAAGGCCAUCGGUAUGCCAUUCUUUGGUUGGUUUACAUUCAUUGCCUUGAUCAUAAUUAUAUUCGUUCAAGGCUACGGCGUUUUCUUUGACUUUAACGCCAGUGACUUCUUUGCAAACUAUAUCUCCUUAAUCUUAUUUUUCGUGCUUUGGCUUGGAUCGCAGUUCACUAUGUAUAGGCAUGAUCCAUGGCUCAUACCGAAGGAUAUGGUUGAUAUAGAUAGCGAUGCUCGUGCGAUUGACGAGGAAGGCUGGGAUGAAGAUGAUGGCAAAGAAAAGUCUCGCUGGGAUAAGUUCUGGGAUACAAUUCUUUAA